UUCAUAUGUCAGACAAGAUUCAGGAGACCCGGUGUCCUGCCACCAGCAAGGAGAGGUGGCAGCAGCAUCAGGCGCACAAAAAGGGACCUAUUGAUGGUGACUGAGAACUCACUGAGUCAUGACAAGAUGUCACCCCUGCCACCGCCUUCCACUCCAAUAUGUCCUCGUCACCAACAGCAGCAACACCACCAACAGCAGACAUCAGGUACCGCAUCAGGCCAUGAUGCGGAUCAGGAAAACAAGUCCUUCAUACAGCAAAUGAAGAACUUGGAGGCAGCUUCAGCCAUGGAGAGACGGCGGCGAGCCCUGGCCGUGGACAGGUUCUCCAGAUACUUCUUCCCCUUCUCUUUCAGUCUGCUCAACUGCAUCUACUGGGCCGUGUUCGCCAACGCUGGGUAA